AUGCUGGACGGAAUCCUACAAGCAAUUACGCCGAAGAGCUGGGCUCGUGUCGACGAGGAGGCAAUCAAGCAGAAGAGGGAGGAGUGGCUCUCCCAGAUCCCUACGACAGACACUGUAGAUGGCGAAGAGGUUGAAGAGAAGAUCAUUGUUUUCUUCGAAGAAGCCGAGGAGGUCAGGGCUGAGCCGGAGCUUGGAGGAUUGGGGCCUGGAUUGACUGGCGAAUACACUCUGUAUAAUUUCGUGGUGGGAAGGAACGAGAAACGAUGGAAGAUGAAGAAGCGAUUCAGCCAAUUCCAUGCGUUCGAUUCCCUCUUCACCGAUUACCUCAAGUCCUUGGGGGUGGAAGAAUCGAGACUGCCUGAGAUGAGCCCUUCGCUCGUCAAGGCUCGGACAGCCGCGCUGCAGGACUACAUGAAGAUGCUCGUGGAGGAGAAGGACUUCGUCAGGGAGCCAAUGCUGAGGGCUUUCCUGAAAUUACCGAUGACACGAGAGGAGGCGACCGCUGUAGAGCAGGCUGCAGUUUCUGGAGAUGGUCUGCUGACGGGCUAUGGUUCAUACAAGAGUCUGUUUCAGAGGACAAGGGAAGAGAAAGCCAGAGGGAUCCAUCAUACGCAGAAGAAGGAACUCUUCGCGGGACCUCCCACGCUUGCAGGAGUGAACGAGGUCGGAGCAGCUUAUGCCGAAACUUCGGUGCAUGAUCAGAAAGGUGAAAAGAAGUUUGUUAUUGAGAUUCCUCUCCUGCGACAACUUGGGCUCGGAGCAAGGAUCAAAGACAUCUACGGUGAGGACGAUAUCCGUGGACAACACAGCACAUAUGGCAACAAGAUCAAGCGACAAGUGGAGAAGCAGCAGAAGGAAGCUGGAAAGAAAGAUGACUUUAUCCUAGCUGAGCCUGGAGUCUGA